AUGGCACCGCAAUAUAAGAAGCUUACUGACUGCCCUGAAAACCUCCGGGAGGCGAUUGACUGGCUGAUACAGGUUAGGUAUGGGAAUGGUGACAAUGGUGAAGGUUUUAAGAAGUUGUCUCAAGCUUUGAAAAAGUUGAUUGAUGAGGCUAUUGAGAAAGCUUACACCACUAAUUUUGAUGUAAUUCUCAACAUUCUCAAUUCAGUCAAAUCUCACACCUGUUGUAAAGAUAAAGUGGCUAAAAUUGAGGAACUUAAGGACCCUAAAAAGCUUGCCCCAAACGUCUUUGAAGACCUUAAGCAUGACUGUGAAAGCAUUAGAGCUUGCUCAAAAACUCACUUUGAAUCUUCCCAAAAAAAAUCCUAUGAGGACAUUGUUUCCAGGUUGGAUCAGCUUGGUAAACUCAAAGAGAGUCUUGCUGUAUUCACUAAUGAAGAAGAAUGUAAAUGUCUUUUUGACAAUCUGUGUUCAGGCCUCGAAAAAUUCCUCGGCUUCAACCCUGACUCCAAAGGCUACGAUGGCACUGGGAUUGUGUACUCUGACUUGGAUAGGCUCUGUGACGGGGUGAUGGCGUUCUUGCACGGGGUGUUGGAGAGUGUUAAGGAUGAUGAGAGUGUUAGGACUUAUGACUCCAAUCAACCGAAUGACAUUAAUACACUUGUAAACACUUUAAAAAAUAGUGUAAGUGAUGGCCACGAUGCUUUAAAAAAUGCCGUGACUGAGGUGGGUAGUUGGUUGGGGAGGUAUAAUGAACAAGUCAAAGAGAAGGCUGAAAAGGUAAGUGAGGCAUUAAAUGCUAUUCGGAAAGAAAUAGCAGCUAAACACGUCGUGAAAUUCAAUGAUACAUAUACGAUGACUCUUCAGGUCAUACACCACGAAUUUACGAAGUCUAUAAACGAACUUGACCACAAGAUAGCAAAGCUGAAACAUGAUAGAAAAGGAUUUGCUGGUAUUGACUCAGCUUUACAAAAAUCGUUAUACAUGCCUCUAGAAAAAAUAGCUGGCGCAUUCGGGGUCAUGAAAAAAUCAGCAAGUAAUGAUUUCUUGUGCUGGCAGAUAGAACAUAUCGAUGAGAAAUUUAGAGAAUUGCCUCGGCAGCUCGAUAAGAACAUCUUGAAAAACAAUGAGGAAUUCAAAAAAACAUUGGACGCUAAAUUUAAGGAAAUUAAUGGAAAGGUUAAGAGUUUUCAAAGUACCCAGUUGAGUGAUCUUAAGCAGGCCCACAAGGCUCUGAGCUCAGCGUUGGAAAAAAUUCAAAGUGAUAUUGGUAGUAAGGGCAAGGGUUUCUACGGUAAUGUUGAAACGGCAUUCAACAAUCUGAAAUCUAUAGUUGCAGACGUUCAUAAGGCUUUGGAAGUGAAACAGGGGGAGCUUGCCAGAAUGGUAGGACAGGCUGAACUCCAUUUUGGGACCAUACUCAGGGGAGUUAAGGAGAACUCUGCUGUUACAGGACAAACUGAUUUAAGUAUAGAAAAACAUUGGAAGCAGCUCUAUACUACUGUUGAGGCUCUUGUUGAAAGUUUAACAAAGAAAGGUCAAAAUAAUCCUGAUUGCCUUGCGGAUAUUGUAGAAAAAGUGCAUAAUUAUGCUAAAACUUAUGAUACAGAAUUUAGCAAAACAGUGACAAAGUGGGUGGAAGAUAUCAUGAGAGGAAACGCAGUGAAAGGUUUGCUAAGUACGUAUGUUAGCAAUAACCAUGGGAGAUCUCUAUUCGAGGGCAGUUUGCGGGAUAACGUGAUUGGUAUCAAGGAGGCGUUGACUCCAAUAGUUCAGGAUAAAAUCAUAAUCGCUCUCGAUGAUAUUACUGUUAAUACACGGCCAGGAAGCAAAAAGAGUGUUGAUGAAAAUAUGGCGGAAAUUGUUAGUUAUCUUAAAACCUACGCCGAACAGGUUUCCGAUAAGCAUACUGAGAUAGUUUCGUCUAUUGAAACUGCUUUAAAAGGGAACCCCGAUUUCGUAUUGACACAACCUGAAACUUUCAGCUCUGACCUCCAAGCUGCCAUUAAAAGCGCCUUAGCAUCAGUAAAAUCUGCGGCUGAAGGAGCGGCGGACGAAAUUGCUAAAUUACGAGAUACCUCUCACUUAAGCAACCUGAAUAAAGCUAUAACGAGUGUAGAAUCAAUUAGAACCCAUAUUAAUCAUGAAGGCUUAGGGAAUUCCGGAGGUAACAUUGACACCGCAUUGAAAGGCGUGAAAGGAGCAAUUGAUCUGCUCAAUCCAAUAUUGCAGAAAGUAGGAGGCAAGCUGAAAAUAUGCGUCGAUAAGCUUCAGUCAGAAGUACUUACAGAGCUUAAUAAAAUAAUGAAAAACGGGCUAACAGGCAAAAUUGCAUUUAGAAAAUACCAUAUUAUUGAGCAGUUGGAAUCAUUGAAAAAUAAAAUCGAUCAUGACAUUAAAUCUAUUAUCACACAGCUACUCGAACUCGAAAAGGCCAUAGAGCAUUGGAUUCAGGAAACUACAACAAUAAUUGAAAAUUCCCUUAAAACCGCGAACACUGAGCUAUCAAAACUCAACAAACAAAAUAGAGAGUACAUUAUUCAUGCUUUUCGACAAGCCCAAGACGCAGUCCAGACCCUUUUUGCUGACCAAAAAAAAGCAGAUUUACUAGCUAUACAUGACUGUAUAGAGGAACAAGUUGGAACAAUUAACGGCAUUAUUGCGGCCGACUUGCAAUCCGGUAUCAAAGGCCUCAUGAAGUCAAUGAAUGAUAAACACAACAUUCUAGAUCAUUUCAAAAAGACGGAUCACUCAAAGUUCACUGCAGCUUGCACAAUCACCGAAGAGUAUUUGAUUAGUUUGUAUGGAUACGUUCGAAGUGAAAUAGAUGCCCCUCCUUAUAUAACAUCUUUGAUUUCCCUCCUCCCCGACCACCUUAACACACUCAUCAGCGAUCUUGCCACGCAUCAUUUUGAUCACAGGCUCUAUAAAAACCUCGACGAGCUGCUAAAAUACGUUGAUCAGAUGCGUCCCACAUCCCUUGCCGAGCCGUCCAAUCCGUUGGCUGAGGCGCUCAAAAAGGGAUUGAUGGCGUUUAGUGGUGAACUUGGAAAAGCGUACGUCAACAGAUAUUCCGGGCAGAACUGGGAGCGUGAGUUCCGCGAUAAUUACGGUAGGAUAGGUUUAACAAUACUCGAGAUUAUGAAGAGUUCGUUUACGAUAUUAAGCAUUAAUUGCAAGAGUCUGGGCGGAAAACAGAUUAACAAGUCCAACGAUUUGGGUACCUUGUUGCUCGGUCAAGGUUUUAUUGUUUCAGACCACGGUGAGCAGAAUGGUGAAUUGCGGGACGACAAGAAUAUGAUAGGUGAAUCCAUUAACAAUAGAAUCACUCGGCCGAUUAAAGGCGUAUACGAUUCUCCGCACCUUCAAUAUUGCGAAUCAAACGCACGCGGAAAAGCUUACAAUUUCCAUCUCAUGGAUAUCCUCAAGUGCCUCUUCAGACAUUGCGAAAAGUACAAUGAAGUUGGUCACUUGUCCACUUACUACGCAAGCAGGUUACCGUGCACUGUUCAUGAUAUGCUGUGCUGGUUCACGGGGCUUCCGUACAGUGGCGUGUAUCCGACAUUGUUAUCUGACGGCUUUAGCGACCUCUUGGAAAAGCCUAAGAAGCAAACAAUACAAAGUAACGAUGACCUUGAAAUUGAAUUCUUCGACCACAAAGCGCAGUACCUUAAUGCAUACCCGCAUAGGAUCACGUAUAAUAACAUCGACACGGUGCUUGGUCAUCUCUGCUCCAAAUCCUACGACCUUAUUACCGCCAUCGCCGGGUACGGAGAUGCCUACACCGUCUAUGCCAGUGAUCUCUGCAAUAACUCCAUGAAAUUACGUUACCCUUCUAAGCCAGCGGAUUGCCUCGAUAUGCUGCUGGAUAUCCUCCGUAGAUUGUUACUUACACUGCAAUAUCUCCGUGUACAAUGCAACCUAGAUGCUAAGCACGGUGGGUGGAAACAAUGCGAAUACGGCAAAACUAUCAAGGCUACCAACUGGCCGUGCAAAGAGCAUCUUAGCGACAAAGCAACGUGCGAAGCAGAGUGCCGACCAAAUGGACAACCAAAGUGCCAACCAACGUCGCCCCUAAUGAGCUACCUAAAUGACUGUUUGCCCGGUAGCCUUCCCCAUCAACUGGGCGGUAUUGGAUGUAAGUAUGACUGUAGCACUUGCACGAAAUCCAAGCCCGGUACGCCAUGUUUGACGCCGCUUGGCUUCAGAGGUUUUUCGGGAUGUACAAAGACAGGUAAGGACCUGUAUGAAACUAUUAGUUUUUUCCUCGGCAACGGGCUGGUUUCGUCCCUGCUCACCCUCAUCCCGAAACCGCCAUCCACAUUGCCUGAACACGUAGCAUUUGCGUUGUCCUUCGUUAGAGGGUGGCAUGAUAGUAAGACCGCGGAUGCAAUUGGUGUCAAAAAGGAAUUGGAAUCGAAACUUAAGGACUUGUCCAUCGAUUUAUAUAAGAAGCCGUCUGACUUGACUGCUGCGUUUUCUAGAGCCUACGGCAGCAGGCAGAAUAGUCACGGGUUGCCGCAUCCUCCGGGUAGAAAUGCUGACCUGUCCAGCCUUUUCAUGACAAAGUUCUGCGAAUAUCCAGGUAUUAACGUUUACUGUGCUCCGUAUAUGCAGUCCUUGUGUCACAAUUACUAUCACUAUAUUGCGCACAAACAUUCUAAGCUAUACCUGUCAUGGAGUCUAUACCUACCGUGGGCAUUUUGGGAGUGCCUUAACUCAUUGCUCAACAGCUUUUGCAAUAUAAUAUGCCAGGACUGGGGUUGCCGUGGAUGUCUCCGUGGUGACAAGUGUAAGAAGGGAUCGCAUGGUGUUGUUGAUGAAGAGAAGCCAUCUGCUAACUGCCAAUGCAGAUCCAUCGUUGACUGCAAGGGCGUCGCACCAACGCUCUACCAAUUUGGUUUCGCCUUUGGUGAAGCGUCGACGUUGAAUGACAAGGAUGCGCCAAAGAAGUGCUCUGCUUUCUGUAGCCAGUUGAAGAAUGUUUUAAAAUCGAAAUAUUUCGAGAACUUGUUUAGGGAAUGUGACAACUUCCUCUGGAAAAUCCGUGAACCUUUCUCCUAUCUUGUACUCGCCCUCUGGCUCCUCUCUCUGUUGUACCUCAUCCACAUCUUCAUCAUCCGCCUCGACCUGCUCCACAUCAAAUCGCAUUUGCACUCACCCUCAUCACAUCGCAUCGCCGCGCAAUCACUACUCGCCGCGGCACGUGUUAACAAACUUGCCAAGCUCACCUACUUGCAACCUUGA